GAAACUACAGUCACGAUUCUUUGUCAACUAAGAAAACGUUGAUUGAAAUAUCACGAAGGCUGCCUUUUAAUCUUUGAGCUUGCUGUCGUUGGGGACAUCAAUGGAUCUGCAGGAGGGGUGGAAUUUUCUUUUUAUGCCUGCAACAAGAACAUCCAAGCAUGACAACGUAUUGUUACAGGACAAAGCUGUUCUUAUUAAAAGCAUAUAUAUUGUUACCUACCUCGAAUUCUACCUUCACAUAUGAGACUCAUGUGGAGGAAAUAUACCACACAGAAGGGAUGCUGACACUCUAGUUUCAAGAAAUGGCCUCGGUUCACAGUGAUCUCCUCGAUGUUGUCGUUAUUGGCGGAGGCUGGUCGGGCAUUCUCAUUUGCAAGUAUGCGAAGGAGCACGGUCUCAAGGUUGCAGUGCUGGAGCAGCGCAAAAAUAUUGGUGGCGUUUGGUGUUUUUCCGAAAAUCCAGCUGUAACCACGGUGAUGAAAACAACAAAAACGUCUUCUUCAGCCACGACAACUGAGAUGAGCGACUUCCCCAUGCCAGAUAAGAUCGGAGAAUUUCCGAAACACGAUGACAUUUAUAAGUACUUGAACUCAUACGUGGAACACUUCAAGCUGAAGGAUCAUUUUCGUUUCAACUGCAAGGUCAAAUGCGUCAGGAAAUAUGAUACAUCCUGGAACAUUGAGGUAGAAGAUGGUCAGAUUUACAGAUCAAAGAAUAUUGCAGUUUGUAGCGGAAUACAUCAGCGUCCAGACUUCACUGCUAAGGAAUCUCUGCUGAAAGAUUUCACAGGAACAAUAAACCAUUCGGGUGAAUUUAAAGAUUUCCAAGAAGAGCACCGUGGCAAAAAAGUUUUGAUAAUUGGAGGUGGUGAAACGGCAAGUGAUAUUUUAGAUGCCUGGUACCCACAUUGCGAGCAAAUCAUCUGGUGCAUACCUCGUGGACAGCACUUCUUCAGAAAGUACGCCAAACUUCUUCCUAAUCGGAAGCCUCAAGCUCUGGAUAAAGCUUCUUCAAGAGCAUUGAAAUUGGUCUCUCCCCACGCAAAGAGCAAACCAGGUCUGGCAUGGGUCUGCAAGUGGACAACGAUGGGAUCUCUUCUCGCAUACCAGGGCCAUGGCAUACCAGAGUUUCGCAAUAAUGCCGCGUUUUUUCACUCAUUCAUAAACAAGCAUGCCCAUGUUUUGGAUUUCAUUGAUUACCAACGAGUCAUCCCCAAAGGAGCCAUUGCAUCUGCGAAAGGAAAAGAAAUUGAAUUCGUGGAUGGUGAUACCCUUGAAGCAGAUCACAUCAUUCUUUGUAGUGGCUACAUAACUGAAUUCCCUUUCCUGCCUUCAAACUUACAAUCAGUGCAGUUCAGAGAAAACUACAAGUUUGUUUUCAGUCAUGAGGAUCCAAGCCUAGCGUUCAUUGGGUUUGUUAGGCCAAUCGUUGGAUCAAUUCCAAGCAUCGCAGAAAUGCAGGCCCAGUGGGUUGCUAAAGUUUGGAGUAAUAAAAUCCCACUUUCAGAUUCAAAGACAAGAGCGCUAGAAAUAAAGGAAGACGCUAAAUUUUGGUCAAACUACUUCAAGAAUACGUCACAGAGGCUUCAAACACUUGUUGAAGGAUAUACGUACUUGGACGAUAUCGCCAAAAUCAGCUGUGUGUACCCAGAUUACUGGUCUCUGUUCAAACACAGUCCUAGGGAUGGCUUUACAGCUUAUUUCGCCCCGUACAACGGAUGCUCAUAUCGGCUUAAUGAACCAGACAUGCAAAUCCAAGCGAUGGAAACUCUUAGACGUCAUAGUCAUAAUACCAUUACACCGUUAAACCUGCUACUCAACUUGUUUCUGCGAGUGAUUUGGUUUGAUUGGUUCCUUGACCAGGUCUCUUUAAUGAAGUAUUGGUGUCAAACAAACAGUCUGUUACAAAAAUUAGGGAAUUCUCGCUUAGGAAGGGCAAUCGACUAUCUAUGGACUACUCCUAAAAGAUAUCUUUUUGAUAACGUAACUGGCCAUGAGUCUCAACCUGACAAUAUGAAUUGUACUUGAGGAAAAUACAAAGGUAUUGAAGUUGCUGUAUAUUGGCACUGCCUUGCGUAUUAAUGAAGACUUUUUAUGUUAAGUUAAGUGUAUUCGAUAUAUGUGUAAAUGCUCAAUAUUAUCGAAACAAUCAUAUUGUAAAAUUACGUCACAAUAGAAUGUAGAAGCUAUUAAA